AUGCUCGUUGUCCAAUGCAGAAUUCGCAAGAUCAAAUGUGACGAAACAAAACCAUGCUGCAGGCGCUGUCAAAGCGCCGGUCGGAAGUGUUGGUAUGAGCUGGAUGGUCGCAGUCGGCGCAUCGCGCCUCCGCACACGCAUUCGAUAUGGCACAGUCAGCCUCUUUCCGACAUUGGGGCUUAUGCCUCUCGCGAGCGACGGGCUUUCGAGUAUUACUGCCAACGUGCGGGCCCUACGAUAGCGGGGAGCAUCGGUUGCCCAUUUUGGACAGGCGCGGUCCUGAAAGCCUGUCGAUCGGAACCCGCCAUUUGGGACGCAAUCAUCGCCAUCAGUGCUCUGUACGAGAACCUCGAUCCCUUCCUUGGGCCUCCCAUGGUCACGGAAGCUGUGCCAUCAGUGCGAAUGCCUCGAGAAGCUUUCUUAUGGUACCUUCGCUCGGUGGAAAACGUGCGAUCCCAACUAGCACGGAACAAAGUACAUCCGCAGAUCGCACUCACCUCUUGUGUACUGUAUACCUGCGCUGAAAUGCUACAAGGCGAUGUGGCCAAGGCCAUCUCGCUAUACAGGCAAGCCGUGCAGCUGAUUCUCUCUUGGCAGCGACAGAGCCCAAGACUCUCGGAAACAACAUUAGCUGUAAAAGACAUGAUGAUGCCGCUGCUGGUCCGUCUUGGGGCCGCCAUGUUUAUAACAACCAAUUGUUCGCCCGAGGGUUUGUCGGACCUUUUGGCAACUCCUAGCAAUCCCGGGUCGUUGUCUUUUGAAGCCGCCCAGACGGCGAUUGUCAAGUUGAUUGCAGAGGCCCUCAUCCUCCGACGUUCCGCGGCCCGACAUUGCCGCAGCGGUCACAAAGUGCCUAGCACAAUGUUCGAUUUGACCGUACAACAGCGCACCCUGGCCCGUCAACUGGACGAGUGGGACUGUGUGUUUGCCUUCCUCCGGAGUGCGGAAGGCCACCCCCAGCUGUAUUCUCCGGAUCGGAGAGCAAUACCAGUGUUACUGAGCAUUCGCUCCGCUGCAUCCAUCAUGAUCUCCACUUGUUUCGCAGUACAAGAGACUGCGUACGAUGAGCACAUAGGCCAGUUUCGUCUGAUUGUCGAGCACGCAGCAGCAGCGACGCACGCGCCGGUGGAAUGGGGUGAUCCGCAACCGGGGUUUACUUUCGAAGCCGACGUUGGCCCUCCGCUGUUUUUCACUGCUGUGAAAUGCCGAGACCAGAUAUUGCGACGGACAGCAUUAGAGCUGCUUCGACAGACACCAAAAGUUCAAAGCAUGUUCAAAUCUAUGUCGUGGGCUACGCUUGCGGAGAUGAUCAUUCAGAUAGAGGAGGGUUCUGUACGAGGCAUGAGGAAACGCCGGGCGCUUCAACCUACGAUAAAUGGCAUUACAACGCUGGAAUAUAUGGAAGAGCUGGACAGCAGCACUCGUGGGGUUCCUCCCGCCACAGAAAGUGUGCCUUCUUUGGCAGAGCUUGUGGAGGUUGAUAGCAACUGCCUGGACAGAUCGCCAAAUAAAGUGUCAGUGGCUGAAAGGCAAUACAUCCCGGAAGGCCACCGUGUGCAUGAAUUUGGGAUCUAUCAAGCACAUGGAAGUGCCCCAGUGGACAUGUCCCAGCAUACGCAGCAUCCUUUCAUCCUGAGAUUUACCAAGAAUCAGAAAGACCCAGGAACAGGAAAGGUUGAACUGGUGGAACGCUUUCUUCCCAUGAACUUCUAG